AUCCAUCUUCUAUCGUCUAUCGUCUAUCAUCCAUCUUCUAUCGUCUAUCAUUUAUCAUCGUCUAUCACCUUCGCCUUCGCCGUCGCCUUCGCUGUCGCCUCCUCGAUCCUCCCCGCCUCGCGCCAUGGCCACCUCGUCCACAACUACGAUCGUCGACAUCCCCGACCUCGUCCUGCUUGAACUCACGGAGCAUCUCGAUCUCGUUCAAACUGUUCGGCUCUCGGGCACCUGCCGUCUGUUCCGUCGCUCCUUGGCCCACACCAUCCAUCAGUCCAUCACACAGUCGGCCCUGUUCCUCCAUCUCCUCGGCUCCGUUGAUCUGCUCGCGCUCCCAGCGUCGCCGUCCGAUGAGCCGCUUUCCGACGUUGUCUCAUGGUUUCAUCUGCAUCGCUCUCUUCUGAAGCAGCUCUACGCACAUCUUCAUGCUCGCGGCAUGCACUCGACACCGACAUCACUUCCUUUCGGUCACGAAUCCUGGACACGCUCUCGGUUCUCCAUCCUCGACCAUGUCACUCCGCGUCUGCACCUCUGGCAGCAUCAGAUCUUUGCUGCCGUCGGCGCCCCCUACGAACGCUACAUCCGCGACAUUGCUCUCUACAAGCGCACGACUCCCCAGCCGGCCCUGGUCCACGAGCAAUCGCACGGUCAAGUGUCCGAGCCCUCACCCAAUCCCGAUUCGUUGCCCUUCCAGCCGGCUCUCUUUCCCAUUCCCGUUCCCGAGGACGAGUACCACUCCUCGGCCGUGGACGAUCUCGAAACCCAAAUCAGAGAGAGCUGGGAUCUCUUUGACGACGUCGACCGGGUCCAGACCGUCGGCCCGCAGCCGGGUCUGGCUCUGAGUCAGUCCGAAGCCAACCUUGAUGCGAGUCUGCGGCUGGCUUGGACCACUCUGGCCCGAGAACUGCAAGGGCAUCCGUAUAGUCCCGGCAUUCCAACCCAAUUUUCCAUCCGCCCUUGCCAAGCAUCCAACUGCCUUGGCCGUGUUGGAAACUACCGCUUUUCGCCCCUUGCGCAGAUGUUCCUGCCGCCAGGCGGCGUUGUCUCCAUCAAAACCCCAUUUAUCGCGGGACUGCGGUACUUCAUGUCGACUUGGAUCCUGGCACUGCUCUAUCCGCACAUUAAAUCCAAGAAUGGUCUGCUGUAUCACAACCCACAGCGAUUCUUCCAGGUCAUCAAGGCUACGAUGGACUCCCUCGAUCUCGAUGGAUUCAUUCAAGCGGUUGACGACGAGCUCGGCCUCAUGUCCAUCGUCGAUCGCGAGCUUGUCGAGCUGGUCAACGAGCUGGCAGCUUCUCAACCCGAGCUGCUCGCCAAAACCACCUCUGGGCUCACCCCGCGGACGCUUCCAACCACCCAAGCGGUCCUGCAGAAGCUGCAGCACGAGUUGGCCGUUGCCUCAGGCCUGGAUCCCGAGACAGCCGGUGAGCUUGUUCAAGUCUCGCCCGAGCUGCUGAAGAACUGGUCCGAGACUACAUUUGGCGACUUGCGCAACUGCCACCAAGCUGGGCUCGAGUCUUGCUUUGCCAUCUAUAGCAUGGCCAUUUUAUCUUUCAUGGGCAACCUCGAAGGCGCUCGGCCCAAGCCGGAGCACGACAUCGAGUGGAUGGAAGAUGCUCUCAUCGAGCGCGGUGAACGGGCCGUGAUCUCGUUUGUGCGUUUGAGCGAAUCAGACAGCAUUGUCGUGCCCUCGUUCAUCGCCUCGGAUCACAGCGACGGAGACGGGACCCUCGAGGGCGACAUUUACGACCCAAACGCCAAUUUGGCUUUUAUCGGCCGGCGAGGCGCCAUCGUGGUGACAUGUCGUGUGCAGGUUCCAUCGCUUGUUCGUCGGUGAUGGCAUCGGCAUGUCUCAGUCGCCGGUCGAUGCGUCACACUCGAUAUUGGCCAGCCGACAACAGGCCAAUCGCCCGAAGAUCGAGAAUGAACCAGGUCGAUGGUAUAGAAUUCAAGAGUAUCAUCUGGCUCGACGUGGCAUGAACCUCGAAUACACACACCGGUCGUCAUAACUGGAGAAUCCAAUAAUAAACGGGACGCCCCGGAUUUUGGGCGUUGGACAAAUAGUUUUUUGCUUCAAAACAUCGCGAGCUGGGUA